CCUCCAUGAAUUCUGAAGUUGCAAACUCAGGCUUGGGACCUUUUGUUCAAAGUUGCCGUAAUGUCGACAGACGUAGAGUGCCCGGUGUGCCACAAGAACAUCCCUCAGAGCACCAUAAACCACCACCUGGACGCCGGCUGUCUUACAGAUACUAAUGGAAAUAAUGGGCGGGACUCGUUCAGCUCUGCUCCCUCAUCCCAACGGAAACUGCAAACCACAUUGCUUGGUCAACGAGGAGAGACCUCGCUCGCUCGCCCGACAAACCGUUCUACUUUGUCUACCCCGACUCCUAAGCGCAAGCGAGGAGACUCUGAUAGUUUUCCAAUCCUUGAGAAACUGCCGUCCCGACCAACGUCUGAGCUUCCUCCAACGCCAACGGCGAACGGCGUGAACGAGCCGGGAACUCGACGAGAGAAGCAGAACUCCCAUGUGCCAUUAGCGGAUCUGGCACGCCCGGCUAGUUUGGAUGAUGUACAAGGGCAUACAAACCUGAUUGGACCGGGAACAUUGCUGCGAUCGUUAAUAGAGAAUAAUCGAGUGCCUAGCUUGAUUCUAUGGGGCCCUCCGGGAUCUGGAAAGACCACGCUAGCUAGGAUCAUCGCAAGGACGCAGAAUACCCAUUUUCGGGAGCUCUCCGCAACAAUUCACAAUGUUGCUGAUGUUCGGAAGGCGGCAGAGGAGGCAAAGAAUCACAGGCUAUUGACUGGCCGGAAAUCAGUCAUCUUCCUUGACGAGAUCCACCGGUUCACCAAAUCCCAACAGGAUUUCUUCCUUCCGCCCGUCGAGAAGGGAGAGUUCACUCUCAUUGCAGCAACCACGGAGAAUCCGUCCUUUCGAGUCAACAACGCGCUCCUCAGUCGAUGUCGAGUGUUUGUACUUGGAAAGCUUGAGACUGACGAUCUUGUUAAGGUUUUACGACGCGCUUUGUCCUUCAAGGUCACGGACGGCUCGGUGUCGGUCGCCGACAAGGUGCUGACCCAUCUGGCCACAAUAUGUGAUGGGGAUGCUAGGGCUGCGAUCAAUGCAUUGGAGAUGGCAGUCAAUUCAGCUACACUCGGUCGGAGCGAAAGAAUUCCGGGAGGGGAGGGGGAGGACAGGGGGGCGCAGAAGGUUGAGAUUUCCGAAAAGUCAAUUUUGGAGGCACUGCAGAAAUCAUCUCUGAUGUACGAUCGGAAUGGGGAUGAACACUACAACAUAAUAUCAGCGCUGCACAAGAGUCUUCGCGGAUCCGACGAAAACGCAGCACUUUAUUGGCUCGGCCGCAUGAUUUACGCCGGUGAAGACCCGCUGUAUGUGGCGCGACGACUCAUUCGCUUCGCAUCGGAGGAUAUCGGUUUAGCGGAUAGCAACGCACUACCAUUAGCGGUAGCGACGUAUCAGUCGUGUCAGAUGAUUGGCAUGCCGGAAUGUGAUGCAAUCUUGGCACAUUGCUGUGUGUAUAUGAGUCGAGCACCCAAGAGCGUGGAAGUUUACAAAGCCAUUAAGCGCGUCAAACAAACAAUCGAGAAGACAACAGCAUACCCAGUGCCUUUACACAUACGGAAUGCCCCGACAAAGCUCAUGAAGGAACUGGACUACGGAAAGGGUUACAAGUACAACCCGAAUUACGCGGGCCCCGUACAACAAACCUACCUGCCUCCAGAACUACAGGGGACAAACUUCUUCGUGGAGGAUGAGAAACUCGUUGAUGUCGAUGUUGCAGAGACUGUCGCCGACGAUGCAACCCAUGUGAUGCCUGGAAGUGGCUCGGGUGAUAUUCUUGCCAUGGAGCCGGAUUUGGAACAUCUGAUGGAUGCAUCGGCGUAAGGUCAGAGCGGGAUUGUGGGAUAGCAGCCGUGGUGGCGUAUUUAAGGGCGGCUUGACGGCCGUGGAUUCGGAGGC